GGAGAACGGGGGUGAGUGGAGGGCGAUGGAGAACGGGGGUGGGACGAAGCGGAGGUUACCAGAGAUGGUCAUGUGUUCCACUUGCUCCGGAUUUGUGUUGAGGAACAAGCGCAAACCUAACCCUGACGAGGAGGUGGUGGCGGAAGCCGAGAAGAUGCGGGACAUGCUGAGGGCGGUGCUACUACACGGGCCCCUCCAGAUGGUGGAGCCGGCUGAGGCGACCAGGAAGCAGCGGCAGAUUUUGCAGAGGAGGAGGAGGAUCCUGGUGGAGACCAAGAGGUGCCCGGCUUGCUCCGGUUCGCCGUUAGAGCUGUGCCCGACUCGCUUCUGUUCGCUGUUAGCGAAGAAGCCCAGGCCCGAUGAGGAGGACAAGGCGAUGAUGAUGGUAGCGGACCCUAGAUCCAAGGCCGGAUCGAAGAGCUCGAGGGAGGAGGUCAGCGAGUUCGUGGCCCUCCUUUGGUCGGAUGGCGGGAAGGAGAUUUCGACGGAGGACGAGGCGAUGGUGGCAGACGCCAAAUCGUCGGAGCACAAGUUGAAGCGAUCGAGGGAGGAGGGCAGCGGAUCGUCGAAGAAGAAGGCUAAGAGAUCGAACGAGGUGGAGGGCAGUGGAUCGAAGGAGGCGGAGAUGGAGGGCAGUGGAUCGAUCGAUAAGGUGUUGAUUGAGGGCAUCGUCGAAUCAGUCGGUGGAGGUAUGAAGACUAAGGUGCAGGUUAGGAGGGUGCUCAAGAAGGUUAUUGAGAUUUUGGAUAAGCCCCCUGUCAAGAUUGAACGGGAGGAGCCAAUAAAGGAGGACAUUGAAUUGCCCGGUGGAGAUAGGAAGACUAUGAUGGUGACUCAGAGGUUGGACGAGAAGUGCAUUGAUCUUUUGAAGAAUCGGCCCCGUCCCAAGCCUAUCCCCUACGAUAAGUAUUUGACGAACCGACGUACUAUUGAUGCUAUUACUGCCAUGGAUAAGGUUGAUCGUUUGUUCCAUGGGUACUUGCAAUACCAGUCCAUCAUCAAGGGGUAUGCUGAGUACCAGCUGGAGGUCCCCGAUGACGAAGGUGAUGACUGGAAGUUGGCGUAGCACUGUUGUCACGUGACGAAGGUGUGGAGCAAGUAAUAGCAUUUGUGGACGGAAGUUGGACUAAUGUGGAGCAAGUAAUAACAUUUGUGGUUGGAUCGGUUGGAUCAACAACUUUCAACUCUGGGAACAAAAUACUACAAUUUCUGGAUCCGUGGAUUUCACAGGUGCUAAAGCUUUCGAGAU